AUGGUCGCUACAGGGUAUAAAUUCGCGUUGAGACUGGGAGAUGAAAAUGCCAGUGAGGUUGCAACGGCGCUUGCAAAUCGACACGACGACGGAUACGAGUUGCGUGCAGGUGUUGGCGUGGCGGUGUGGGUGAGGAGAGAUGGUCGGGUAAGCAGGCUGGCGGCCAGUCACGGGAGCCGGGGGGGAACGGGGGCCCGGGGGCAGCGGGCCCAGCCCGGGGGCGGCAUCCCCGGCAGCAGCGGCCAGGGCGGCCCUCCCCUCCCUCAGCAGCUGCCGCGGCUGCCGGUGCCACCCCGGCGGGGCGGCCAGGCGAGCGGCCCAGGUGGGCCGUCCCGGGCCCCCCUCUGGCUGCGGGCCCGGUGGGCGAGGGCGGCCCGUUCGCCUCGGGCGGGCCGGGGGGCGGCGGGGGCGGCGCCCCUGGACGACGCCCUCGAGCAAUGGAGCCGCAACCCGCUGCUGUGCUGGAUGUGCGAAGAGCUGUACGAGGAGCCAUGCCUGCUGGCCUGCUACCACACCUUCUGCGCCCGCUGCGUCCGGCCCAGACUGCACGACGCCAAGAUCGUCUGUCCGCUGUGUGGGAAGGUGACGGGGCUGAAGGAGGGCCAGCUGCCACCGCGGGACAACCUGAUGGUGUUCCUGGUGGAGUCGUCGUGCGAAGAGAGACCGCAAUGUGCCAACUGUGAUAAAACUAACCAGUCUGCCAUGUUUUUCUGUAACACUUGUG